CAGGAGCCGCGCUGGCCGGGCAGCCACGGCGACGCGCAGCUCCUGACGCCCACCGCCCCUGGGUCGGUGUGCUCACCUGGGCCGGAGUGCCUGGCCGCGGAAAACGAAAGUAACUCGGAGAUUGCUGCACAUGCCUUUGUUGCUCUAUGUAACAUUACUAGGAAUGUCAUUUCUCAGUGCCUCGGAUUUGAUUCCUCAAAAUAAACAGCUGCUGAGUUAAGUCCAUCUUUCCACUGAGAAGUAGUAUGCUGAGGAGCUCCAAGUGCUAGGAAGGCCUCAUUCUGACCCUCUUGUAUUGCAUACCACCUCUGCUCCUCACCGAGGACCACACUGGUACAGUUGCUGCCAUGUCAGACACAGUACUAAGCAAGAACCAAAAGUGGUGUGGUGAGCAUUCAAAAUGCAGCCGGACAUAUCCUUGGACAACAUCAAGAUGUCAUCCAGUGACCUGCUGGAGAAGAAAGAGCUAGACAGUGGAGGCUUUGGGAAAGUGUCCUUGUGUUUCCACAAAAGUCAUGGAUUUGUCAUCCUAAAAAGGGUGUACACAGGGCCCAACCGUGCUGAGUACAAUGAGGUUCUCUUGGAGGAGGGGAAGAUGAUGCACAGACUGAGGCACAGUCGAGUGGUGAAGCUGCUGGGCAUCAUCAUGGAAGAAGGAAAUUACUCGCUGGUGAUGGAGUACAUGGAGAAGGGCAACCUGAUGCAUGUGCUGAAGGCUGAGGUCAAUGUCCCACUCUCUGUAAAAGGAAGGAUAAUUUCGGAGACCAUCGAAGGGAUGUGCUACUUACAUGACAAAGGCGUGAUACACAAGGACCUGAAGCCUGAAAACAUCCUCGUUGACCGUGACUUUCACAUCAAGAUAGCUGAUCUUGGUGUGGCUUCCUUUAAGACAUGGAGCAUACUGACUAAAGAGAAGCACAACAAGCAGAGGGAAGUGAGCAGCAUCUCCAAGAAGAAUGGAGGCACGCUCUACUACAUGGCACCUGAGCACCUGAGCGACAUCAACGCAAAGCCCACAGAGAAGUCAGACGUGUACAGUUUUGGCAUUGUACUUUGGGCAAUAUUUGCAAAUAAGGAGCCCUAUGAGAACGCCAUCUGUGCUGAGCAGCUCUUGAUUUGCAUAAACUCUGGGAACAGGCCAAAUGUGGAGGACAUCAUUGAGUACUGCCCAAGGGAGAUCAUCAGCCUUAUGGAGCGGUGUUGGCAAGCAGCCCCAGAGGACCGGCCAACGUUUCCUGGCAUUGAAGAAGAAUUUAGGCCUUUUUACUUAAGUCAAUUUGAAGAAUAUGUAGAAGAGGAUGUGGCAAAUUUAAAGAAAAAGUAUCCAGAUCAAAGCACAGUUUUGAAGAGAAUGUAUUCUCUCCAGUAUGAUUGUGUGCCCUUACCUCCAAGCAGGUCAAAUUCAGAACAGCCUGGUUCACUGCACAGCUCCCAGGGAUUCCCGAUAGGACCUGUGGAGGAGUCCUGGUUUUCCUCCUCUCCAGAGCAACCACAGGAAGAGAAUGAGCGCAGUGUGCAAGCUAAACUUCAAGAGGAAGCCAAUUACCAUGCUUUUGGAAGAUUCACAGAGAAACCGGCAAAACUGCAGCCCAAGCAGAAUGUGGCUUACAGCAGAGAGGAGGAAAGGAAACGAAGGGUCUCCCAUGACCCCUUUGCGCAGCAGAGACCUCGUGAGAAUGUUCAGAGUGUAGGGGCCAAAGGUUUUUCUGAUCCCAGUACUGCCAGUCAUGGAAAUGCUGCACACCAGCUGCCAGGGCCAGCCAGCCACACACAAGUACCAUUCUGGAACAACGGAUUAUAUAGUCAGCAUGGGUUUGGAACUUCAGGUGCAGGAGUUUGGUAUGGGCCAAAUGCAAGCCAAAUGUAUAAUACUUACAAAACUCCUGUACCUGAGACCAAUCUACCUGGAAGCAUACCCACCAUUCCAUUCAUCUCCUUGCCACUAGCAGAUGAGUCCAUAAAAUGUACUAUAUAUAAUAGUUCUGGUGUUCAGAUUGGAAACUACAAUUAUAUGGAUCUUGGACUGAGUUCACAACUACCAGACAACAUGUGCAAAGAAGAGUCAGCUCCCAAGCACCAAGCCAUCUUUGACAACACCAGUAGUCUGACUGAUAAUCACCUGAACCCUGUCAGGGAAAACCUGGGAAGGCAAUGGAAAAGCUGUGCCCGCAAGCUUGGCUUCACUGAGUCUCAGAUUGAUGAAAUUGACCACGACUAUGAACGAGAUGGGCUGAAAGAAAAGGUUUACCAGAUGCUCCAGAAAUGGCUGAUGCGGGAAGGCACCAAGGGGGCCACUGUGGGGAAGUUGGCCCGGGCACUUCACCAGUGUUGCAGGAUAGACCUGCUGAACCACUUGAUCCAGGCCAGCCAGAGCUAAGCUUGAGUGGGCUCUGGCAGUGGGAACUAGACUGUUCACCAGGUGCACAAGCCCUGUUUGCUCCCUGGCCUUCAGAACUCUUAUCCCAGAUCAAGCCCUGCAUCUGCAGUGUCAUGCAUUUUGGAACUGGAGAAUGGGAAGAGAAGUCUGCAGCCCACAGUAGUUCUUCAGAAAGUACAAGCAUGAAGGUUGCCGCAGGACCCAGGACAAGGGUGGGGAGGGACGACAGGGAACUAAAAAGAAUAGCCUAUUGGGUUUUGAAAAGUAGAGGUGUUGGAUGAGAAAGAUGGUCUUGGUUCAGCUUGUGCCAUAGUCUUCAGUUAUGCUAUUUACUCAGUUUCCUGUGGUUUCAUUGGGUGAGGGAGGAAAAACAUUCAAAGAAUGUAAAAUCUACCAGCUUCCUCUAAGCACAGUAAAGUGCUGCUCAGAGAGAUGCCUUAUAUGACAGCCACAGUUCUUCCUAAAAUUAUAGGAUGUUAACUUUAGCAUCCAAUGCUGUGCUGUCAUCUUAAGCUUUAAGAAUCAUGUGCAAUUCUAGUCUAUCAAAUUAUAAGUUAAUGGGUUAAGGAGCGCUAAGCAGGAGGAGAAACUACAGGGCAGAGGGAGGACAUCAAAACCCAGCACUCACCACUGAGAACCGCUGCUGAUUGCAGCUACUAUAAGAACGACUGUAAGUUUCUAAAUUUUCUCCUACAUUCUGGUGCUUCCUGACAUUCCUCAGCCUGUGCACCGCACAGAGGGAACUGGUGUGCAGGAAAUAACAAUCAGAAAACGUCACCUCUUCCUCCUUGGACAUGACCAAAGCCUUUAGCAAGCCCACGUGCCAACUGAAGCUGCCUGAGCCAACUGCAGUCACUGCUGGUGUUUGCAGGUCAGAGGUGAUGCAGUGACAGUCUGGCUGUCAGAAAAGAUUAUGGUGUGUCAUUGACAACAGUGAGCUGUGAUUGUCUCUCCUGCAGCCUCAGAAGAUACAUAGGACUCCUGGAAUGGACUGUGAAGCAGCUUUGAUCUUGUUGACAUUUUGGCACUAGUUGGCACUUCAUCCUUCACUGUUGGCCUAUCCUGUACUCUGUAGAUUAUUGAGAAACGUGUCAAUAUUACACGUCAACUCUACCCACCAGAUGUGACAAAACAGACAAUGUCUGUAUACAGGCUGCACGUUCUUUGGAGGGAACCUGCUGUAACUUUAUAUGCCUCAGUUGUUCUGUCAACACAUGCUGGGUUCAUGCCUUAACUGUACAGAGUGCACAUUGGAAGGGAACUGGAGCAGGGAAGUUCCAGGAUUUCCUGGAGGAACCUGGAUAGUCUUUAAAUUCUUUCCUCUUAACCUAUAUUCUAAUGCUGUUUUAAGAAGACAAAAUUAACACGUAUUUUUAAUGGAGCUUUGGGGGAAAAUGGCAAGGGAAGCCAGAGCUGUUUUUGGAAUUGCAGUAGCAAUCGGGGUCCUAGUGUUAAAAUCAUGUCUAUUAAGUGUUCUGCAAGGAAAGAAUUGUGGGUCCAUUGCAGAGGAUAGGUGCUUCGGGUCCAGGCCCAGAUUGUGACCACAGACUUCCAGGUUGUUUCCAUGGGUUACUGACCAUGCUCACCACUGACAUCCAGACAGUUGCUCAGCACCUCGAGUUGUGGCUGAACCUGUAUGAGUUGAAGGGCAGUUAGCAGAUGAAGCCUUAUAACAUCAUGGGGGUGCUGACCUUGUACAAGAAAGGCCUUGAACCAGCUAUACGGAGCCAGUCAUUGGUAGGUUAGACCGGAAGACCUUCAUUUGCUCUCGGCACCUCAUUGGCUGCCCAUGAUGACUGAUGACUUUGUGGUCAAUGGCACCUACUCCAAACAAGUACAUGGGAUGUCGGAGUCUCUGGGACCCCAACAUGGACUCAGAACACCUCUUUACAUCCUCCUGCCAAGCUAUGCAGAAUGCUUCAGGACACUGAGGGCCCAAGGAGACUAACCGUGCUCCCAGAACACAGAGUUAUGUUUGGUUCUGUUUUUAAUAAGAUACCCUUUCUUUAAAAGAAAAAAAUCUGAAAUAAAAUUUUAUACUUUA